AUAUGUUCCCAAUUUCUCCCCUUUCUCUUUUCCUGGCGUUAUAUCACCUGUAUUAAUCUGAAGUUGCCUAAGAGAGUUACAAUUGCCAUGUCUCCACAGCUGUGGGAACUCGAUACCCUUGAAGAUGCGGAGGGCCAUCUCCAGUGGCUCGAUUUCCAGCCGUUCAAGCUCCAAAACCUCGUCGAUGGAAACCUCAUCCCUCACCCCCACAAUGAUUGGAUUGAUUCCAUGAACCCCAAGACCGGCCUCCACUUUGCAUGCAUCCCCAACAGCACUCCCGAGCAAAUCGAUCAAGCCGUCAAAGCCGCCGACGCAGCCUUUCCUGCGUGGUCUACCACACCUCCCUCGCAACGAUCACAGUACCUCCAGCGCAUUGCUUCGCGAAUUGAAGAACAACGAGAAUUGUUUGCUGUCUGGGAAAGCAUCGACCAGGGAAAGACCUUGACGCGCGCGAGAGUGGAGAUUGAUCGCGCGGUGUCUAAUUUCCGAUACUUUGCGACCUAUAUCCUGCACCAAGAAACCCAUGCCCGGUUAACAGAUACCAAUGUUUUGACCUAUGAACAUCGUUCACCGAAAGGUGUCUUCGCUCUUAUCUCGCCAUGGAAUAUGCCCUUGUAUCUUCUUACGUGGAAGAUCGCGCCCUGUCUAGCCUUCGGAUGUACAGCCGUGGCAAAGCCGAGUGAAUUGACUAGCGUGACAGCCUACCUCCUCUCGGCCGUAUUCCAAGAUGUCGGACUUCCCCCAGGUGUAAUCAACCUAGUUUACGGAGCUGGAAAUCCCACCGGCUCAGCUCUGGUUAGCCAUCCGCUCGUCAAAGGCAUCUCUUUCACCGGGGGCACAGCCACCGGCCGACAAAUCCGUCGCGAUACCGUCGACGACAUCGGGAAGCAUCUAUCGCUCGAACUCGGCGGGAAAAAUCCCACUCUCGUGUUCGAUGACGUUGACAUGGACAAGGCCGUCGCGACCGCAGCGGCUGCCGCGUUCGAGAAUCAAGGAGAGAUCUGUCUCUGUGGUUCCCGAAUAUAUGUCCAGAGAAGAGUCUGGUCGGAGUUCGUAUCACGCUUCGUCUCAUAUAUCAAAAAGCAUUACGAAUUAGGUAACACAGUCGGUGCUGUAGUCUCCUUACCACAUUAUAACAAGAUCCGGUCGUAUCUCUCCCUAGCCGCAGAAGACCCCGUCAGCGUGUUUCAUCUCGGUUCUAUACCACCGGAAAAUCCAGAAGGGGGGUUCUGGAUAGAGCCUGCUGUCUUGACGGUGUCGGAGUCGAGUCCGUUGUUGACGGACGAAAUUUUCGGCCCGGUUGUCACUCUCACUCCUUUCGAUACAGAGGAAGAAGCCAUUCGGAAAGCCAAUGAUAGUAACUAUGGACUGGCUAGUAUCUUGUUGACUAAGGAUGGGGCACGCAUGCGACGUGUCGGUGAGAGGCUGGAGGCUGGGUUGGUGUGGGUCAAUUGUUGGCUGGUUCGAGAAUUAGGGACGCCGUUCGGAGGGAUGAAGUCUUCCGGUACGGGGAGAGAGGGGGGUGAGUAUAGUAGGGAGGUUUUUACCUCUGUGCGCACGUUGCAUAUUCCGCAGGUAUAGCCGGGCUGCUUCACGGCUUUCCAUAUAUUGGUGUGGAUAUUACUCUCUUAUUGUUUCUCAUUAUGCAUUGCACUGCUCAACAUCUUCCAUAUGAGUCUCCGUUCUGUGGAAGAACAAUAUUCAUAAUGUCAAUUUUAGACUGGAGGUAUGCCUUCACUGAGAGAAUCAACCGUGCAAGAUGUUAAAUGAACCGCAUCACUCUUAUCGAGGCAUCAUUGAC